CGCGUUAUACGCGGUAUGGCGGCAGACGUGGCAGGUGAGGACUUCGUCACUAUAGUUCCGGUAGGCGAAGGUCGGCCUCUUGUGAACGACUCUACUUUUGUGACUGUACUUACGGUUGGAGCAGCUGCUGGUGCUUCUGAGGUGAUAGUACGCCGACCUAAAGGAGAGCGUCUUGGCCUCGGACUUAAAUUUGAAGGUGGUUCCGCUGCAGUCGAGAAAGUAAGAAGGCUUCUUGUGCAGUCAUGUGCUGAUAAUAGUCCUGCUGCAAAUGCUGGUACUCCUUGGGGUAAACUUAUACCCGGUGACGAAAUUUUAGCUAUAGAUGGAAUAUCUGUUUCAGAUCUUACAAGAAUUGACUGUGUUCGUCGAUUAAAAGACUCUGAUGAAUCUUUAUCACUUUUAGUAAGGCAUUUUGAAUUAGAUGAGCAAACUACCAAUAACAUGGAAGCAGAUACUAUUUUGAUUAAUUCAAAACCUACCAUAGAUAUGACAAGGCCAACAACAUUACCGCCACCGGUUCCACCUCGAAAACUCGGCAAGAAAAAUUCUUUUAAAGAUAAACAGAUUCUUCAAACUGUUGGUGAACAAAAUACAGUUAAUAAUGAAGGACAAAAACAAGGCGAUAAAGAUAUAAUAAUAAAUAGCCAACACAACGGAUACAGUACUAUGACUAAAUUAUCAAGGAAGUCCUCUUUUGAUAGUCAUAUCCAUCGACAAAGUAAAGAGAGUAUUGCAUAUUUAAAAAAAGGGUCGCCUGAAGAGGCAAGACGUUUAGUACGACGCCUAUCUGAUGGUAAAGCUAUGCCACCAGAAGCCGAAGUUUACAUAGAUUUAUUAUCUACAGAAUGGGAAAGAUGUCUAGUAUUCGGAGAUGCAGAAUCAGAUGAUACGGGUAGUUCCAUAUCGACGGUAGUUGAUAGAUUAGGUUCUAUGACGAGUUCUGUAGAAAACAGUAUUCCUUCUACACCAACGAUGCAACCUAAAACAAUUGAUAUACAAAAAGUAUUAAAUUGCAUCGAAAAUAUUGAUUCUAAUAUUUUAAAAGACAUUACAAGUAACAGAUUUCUAGAAAAACAAACAGAUAUAAAUAAAGAUGCAAUUGUAUUAGAAAAGACGUCUAAUAUUAAUGGUUAUCAUUCAUAUGAGAAAACGACACAAAUAUCAGAGGAAACUAUAACAGUCUCUAACAAACCACAACAAAAUGAUAAUAAUAAUAACACUGCUUUUCAAAAUAUUUUGAAUUUAGAAAGCAAUCAGUCUAAUAUUCAUACUAAAAGUGACUUAAAAAUGGAGUCUGUUCUCGAGAAACCAAAGCCAAUGCCAAGAAAUACGAAAAUUGAACGAUCUGCGAGUGAAAAGAAACCUAAAUCGAUUUCGGUUCCAGAUUGCCCUCCACCACCAGUGCCCGAGUCUUUAUUAACUCCGACUAAAAAGAAUUGUAUUGAAUCGUGGUUACAGAGAUCAGAAGCUGAAAUGAAUAAUGUUGAUAAAUCAGAGGAGACUAUUGCACCGGAAGUGCUACCUAGGUUGAUCGAUUUUGUGCCUAAGCCACAAUUUAAAGAAUGUAAUAACAAUGACGUGACUCUAGUACGCCCGACUGCACCACCUCCUCCACCGCCCGUUGAGACACGUGAAGAUGGUUCCGGAGCCUCUUUAGAUACUAUUGGUGAAUUGGACGAGUCAAGCGACGUCACUGAUAAUGUGAAACCAAACGUAAUUGAAAACGAAACGAAAGAUCGAAAAUCACCAUACGAAAGAAACUUUUGGGAGGAUCGUGUCAUUAAAAGCGAUACUGAAGACAAGAGUCUCUCAAACGAUGAAACACCUCUUCCGUCUUGUCCUCGACAACCGCCUGAUGGAGUAGAAACACCUUCUGAUGUUAUGGAGAAGAUGCCUGAACCACAAACUCGAGUGCAACCACGAAUUGGUUGGCCUUCAACGACUCGAACUCGAUUUUCAUAUUCAUCGAGAACUCAAGAUGCCAGGAGUGAAGCCAGUGUUAAAGAUAAAAUUGCUAUGUUUUCAAAUGACCGCACAACAUCUACGGAUCAUCUGGACAAAUGUGGUACACUUCCAACUCGACAUUCAACCACGAGGAAAAGUACUGCUUACGUAAACAAUUACUCAGACGUAUCUUCAUUAGACAGGCGUUUAACUAGAUCUCAAGAUAAUUUGGAUGAAUUACCACGCACCUUUAAACUAUCCACAGAUAGACGUGAAGUAUUAGGAGCUUUGGAAACUGCACCAGCUGUUAAUUCAAUCACGACCAAAAAUAAUAGAAUCCUUCAAACUGACAACAAGCCCAUUUUUUAUGGCAGUACUACAACCUUACCCGCAAAUGGCGAUUCCUCAUUUACGCCACCUAUUUAUCAUGCUCGUAGUAUAAGUGAUGACAAUAGUAACAAGAAUAUUCAUAAGUCAAACUUAGAGUAUUUAAUAGAACAAAGAAAAAAAUCUAUGUCAAAAUUAAGAGGCUUAGUAAUAUCUGAAGCCCAAUCUCCAAUAGUUGAUUUACCAGCGAUAAAGGUACAAGAUCCCCUUAAAACAUAUUCCAAUGCUACAUGUAAUCAGAAUACUAUAAAUCAUAGAGAUAAUAAAAUGAAUAAUGUAAAACCUAUGGAUCUAAAUGACACCAAAUGGAAAGCUGCUCUUUCAUCUAACAAUAUACCGAAGUAUUCUCCUGCGUUCAAAAGGAAGUCUUUACAAGUAUAUAGUCCUAUUUCCUUAUCAAAAGAAUCUACCCCAGAACGUAAAUUAUAUGGGAAAAUGGAUACAUCAAAUAAAAAUAAUAUGUCACUAGUAUCAAAGCCCCAAAAACCAUAUACAGAUUUAAAUAAUGAUUCAGUACGAACAACACUUUCUUUAACUUCUCAGUUUUCCAUAAAAUGUCAAGUUUCAAAGAAAGAAUACAAAGAUAUUUUUAACCCUACUCAAGAUUUCAAGGACAUAGACAUUAAAAUAGCAACUGCUACUGAUAUUGUAGACAGUGAUAAUGAUUCUGCUAUGAGUUCCACUCAGUCAAGUUAUAGGUCAUCAGCAUCCUCUCCUAUGAAUAACUUAGAGCCUGUUGAGUCAGAUAGUUCACGUCUUUCACCAAGAAUAUCACACUACACACAUUAUUCACUUGUGAAGUCUGAAAUUCCAACAAAGUCUGCUGUAAUAGAAAAAAGCUGUGAGGAAUAUAUCAAACGUAACGUUUGUCGUUCAGUGUCGUCUGACACGAACGUUUCUCUCAGUUCUUCGGCAGGUUCGGCAGCUACGUCUGGUUCACAAGCAAGUUGCAGUUCUCUCGAAAGUUCUGUUGCUGAUUCAGAAAAACGAAAAGUUUCAAAAACAUAUAAUAUUGAUACGAUAAAUAGAAGAAAUAUUUUAGCAUCGGCAAAAUGUAGAAGUGGUAGAGACGACAAACUUACGUCUCCUGUUAUUGAAACAAAAUUUUCACAUGAAUCAGUUGACAGCUCCCCGAGUCCUGUUUACAAAGCAACUGAUCGUCUUUCUACACUCACGUCAUCGGUGAGUGCUGUAUCUAAUAAAGGCGAAAGCAGACGUCGAAACAAAAAAAUUGCAUUGACUGAUUCAGAUAGUGAUAGUGAUGUUAACAUUCGGCAAAGAAAGGUUGAUUACAAAAACACGAGACUAAAACGGAACUCAAGUUAUUCAAAUAAGAUCAAGCAAACAGAGACUGCUUUAGAAAGCGCAAAAGUUGAUGAUGUACCUAAGAAUAUAUCUGAGAAAAUAAUAAAGGAAAUAAAAAAAGUUGGCCUUGAUCAUUUAAAAAAUAAAGAAAACACACAAAUUGUUAAUAAUACAAUAAAUUUAAAAAAUAAUGACUGCGUAGUAAACCCAGAAGGAAAAAAUAUUAAAUAUGCACAUACAAAAAAUGUAGCAAGUCCAGAAAAAUCUACUAAACAAAUAGUUAUACAAACCAAAGUUAAUGAAGCACCCAAACAGAAAUUAGAUGAUAGUUCAAAUAAACAUAUCAAAAUUUCUACUUCUACUGUUAAUUUGAAACGUGGAGCUGCUUCGGGUGUAGGACUCAUUUUAGCUGGUGGUAUUGAUUGUGAAGCUAAGGAUGUUACGAUCCAUCGAGUGUUGGCAGAUAGCGUGGCGGAUAAAGCGGGGCUUAAAAGAGGCAUAAAAGUUCGAAGUAUUAACGGCUAUGUAAUGGCUGGAUUGACACAUGCACAGUCUGUUACUAUACUCAAGGAACAACGAUCAGAAGUUACAAUCGAAUUCGAGGAUGAGUCCAGAAAAAAUAAUGUAGGAGAAGCAAGAUGCGGCUCUGAAAGUGCAGAGUCGAAAGUUCGAUAUGAAGCUAUUGAAACAGAAACGGCAGGCGCUAAAGCUGGAGUUGUGGUGACCGUACUAUUGGAAAAGGCAGGCGGCGGGGCGGGUCUUGGUUUUGGCUUGGACGGAGGACGAGAUUCGCCACAUGGAGAUCGACCACUCACAAUAAAAAAACUAUUUGCAGGCGGAGCUGCCGCUCAAAGUGGUCGAGUUCUAGUGGGAGCCGAGCUCCUAUCGGCCGGAGGACAGUCUAUGCAUGGAUUCACUCGCACGCAAGCAUGGGCUGCGCUCAAGGCGCUACCAUCUGGCACCGUUGCAUUAGUUCUUAGAAACCCAAAGAACAUAUAGGUUGCUCCAAAUAAAUAUAUUCACAAGUAGUUCCCUACUACUUGUAAAUAUAUACAUAAAUCCAGCAGUCGUUAUCCGCUCACACAAGACGCCUUAGUUUAGCUGUUAGGCCAUGCGUGAACUCCUCGCAGAAUCCGGUUAGCAAGACUAACAAGAGUCAUAUAUCUGUGAAUAUUCGCCCCAGGAUACAGUAACAAGCUGAUUACUGACAUCUUUCAAUUCAAUGUGGCGCGCCGAGCGAAACUCAGCUCGUUUCACUGCUUCUAUGAGAUAUACAUACCUUCGAUUUGCUUAUACCUUUAGUCAAUACUCUAGUAGAUAUAUUGUAAAUAAUAUAAUCUAUUCAUUUAUUAUACAGAAAGUUAUCGCUUAAGGUUUUCAAGACUGCAUUACAAUUUGUUCAAAUUAUUAUUUAUAAAUUUGAUUAAAUUAAUACUAGUCCGGACAGUAGAGACGAUAUUUACAGUCCUGUAUUAGGCUUUGUACUUAAAUUGUAAUUUUCAAAAUUUAUUUGUAUCGAUAUAUUUUUGAGUGCCAUCUAGAGACUGGAAAUUUAUGAGUCUUUAAAAUGCACAUAUUUUGUAGAACACAAUUGAACAGCGUUAUACGAAGUCAAGUUCAUUGCCAUAAGAGUUAUUGCACCGUUCUUGCGCAAUGUAAUUUGAUCCAAUUAAUGAAUGGUAAUAGAAACCACUAUAUUAGCAUAAUAAGCGGCUGCGUUUUAAUACGUUAGCACAUAAGUCAGUCUGGUUAUAAUAUUAUUUUAUUAAUAAUUACUGUGAUUUAUAUAAUAUUAUGUUUAGAUAUAUUCUACAUCCAACAAUGAUAUUACUUAUACGGAUCUGUUCUAAAUUUAUCAAAAGCUAUAAAGUUUAGAUAUUUUACAAUAAUGUUGUCUAAACAGCAGCUGCUUAAUUUUAUUUAUCUGACAUAUAAUUGGGUUUAUAAUAGUAUGUUUUAUGAAAAGCUACUAAUAUAAUGCAAUAUUUUUGGAACACUGCGUGUAUAUUUUAAAUUCAAAGUAAAAAAAGCAGUAUUCUCUUACUAUAUUAGAAUGCAUAUUUAACUCAUUUACGUUACUACUAAAAAUACAAUAUAAUAUGUACUUAAUGAUUUUGAUUAAAAUAAUGUAGUUCACUAUAUACUUAUUGUAACACUAAGAUAAGAUGUGAAUGUCUAUUUAAAUUUUCAUUCAGUUUUGUACAAUAUAUUAAUGCCUAAUAUAAACAAAUAGUUUCUUGUCUUAUAUUUUUAGUUGCUUGCUUAACUGCCCCAAUCUUACCAAUAAUAUUAAUUAUUAAAGAUCUAACAUUAAGAUUGUAAAUAAUUUGUUUUUAUUAUUAGUAUUAUUACUAAUUCUCUCAUUGUAAAAUUAUUUAGUAAAGGAAGAAUCGAGAAUAAUCUUCGAAUUAUUUAUGUUAUUCCUCUUUUUUAUAUUCUCAGAGAUAAAAUAUAUAUCACUGUGCUAUU